GUUUCCGCUACUCCUCUGCUUUCAUACCAUCAGCAUCGGAAGCUAGCAAAAAGAGCUAAGCUAGAGUUACGCUAGGCCUCCAACAGACCAGCGGAGGAGCUUAAUAAGAUCAAAUAUUGUUGUUUGGAAAGAGACACGUAUAUCUUUAUGAAUCUGCAUGAGAGUAGUUAAAAUCCCAGAAAUAUGGUGGUUCUCAAAAUUCGAGACCAGCCAGCUUUGCUGAAAGCUAUUUUUAAUGUCGACCCAGAUGAAGUACGCUCACUCAUUUUCAAAAAAGAGGAUGUGAAUGCACAGGACAAUGAGAAGAGAACUCCCCUGCAUGCUGCUGCCUAUCUUGGGGAUGCAGAAAUCAUAGAGCUGCUUAUUCUUUCAGGUGCAAGAGUAAAUGCCAAAGAUAAUAAGUGGCUGACUCCCCUGCACCGGGCUGUGGCUUCCUGCAGUGAGGAGGCUGUCCAGGUGUUGCUCAAACACUCUGCAGAUGUAAACGCCAGAGACAAGAACUGGCAGACGCCGCUUCACAUCGCAGCAGCCAAUAAGGCUGUCCGCUGUGCUGAAGCCCUCGUUCCUCUACUUAGCAAUGUGAAUGUAUCAGACAGAGCAGGCCGGACUGCGCUGCACCAUGCAGCCUUCAGCGGUCACUUGGAGAUGGUGAGGUUAUUGCUCUCCAGGGGAGCCAACAUCAAUGCUUUUGACAAGAAAGACCGCCGUGCAAUCCACUGGGCAGCCUACAUGGGGCACAUAGAAGUUGUGAAGCUGCUGGCAUCUCAUGGAGCUGAGGUGGCCUGCAAAGACAAGAAAUUUUACACCCCCCUACAUGCAGCAGCCUCUAGUGGAAUGAUUAGUGUUGUCAAAUACCUCCUGGACUUGGGGGUGGAUAUCAAUGAGCCAAAUGCAUAUGGCAACACACCCCUCCACGUGGCCUGCUACAAUGGACAGGAUGUAGUUGUUAAUGAACUCAUAGAGUGUGGCGCAAAUGUCAACCAGGUGAACAUGAAGGGCUUUGCACCUCUCCAUUUCACCGCCGCUUCACGCCAUGGUGCGCUCUGUCUGGAGCUCCUCGUGUGCAAUGGGGCUGAUGUCAAUAUUAAGAGUAAAGAUGGCAAGACUCCCCUCCACAUGACAGCAAUCCAUGGAAGGUUUUCUAGGUCCCAAGCAAUCAUUGAGAAUGGUGCUGAGAUUGACUGUGAAGAUAAGAACGGAAAUACACCACUACAUAUCGCAGCUCGAUACGGACAUGAGCUGCUAAUUAACACCCUCAUCACUAACAGAGCUGACACAGCUAAGCGAGGGAUUCAUGGCAUGUUUCCACUGCAUUUGGCUGCUCUCAGCGGCUUCUCGGACUGCUGCCGAAAGCUCCUGUCUUCAGGCUUUGAUAUUGAUACUUCUGAUGACUUUGGAAGGACCUGUUUACAUGCAGCAGCAGCUGGAGGGAACCUGGAAUGUCUCAAUCUUCUGCUUAACACCGGGGCAGACUUUAACCGAAAGGACAGCUUUGGCAGGACUCCAUUGCACUAUGCUGCUGCCAAUUGUAACUACCAGUGCCUGUUUGCUCUGGUGGGCUCUGGGGCCAGUGUCAAUGAUUUAGACGAGCGGGGAUGCAGUCCUCUGCACUACGCAGCUGCCUCUGACACAGAUGGAAAGUGCCUGGAAUAUUUACUAAGAAAUGAUGCAAAUCCAGGGAUCCGGGACAAUCAGGGCUACAAUGCUGUGCAUUAUGCCUCAGCAUAUGGGCAUCGUCUCUGUCUAGAGCUGAUUGCGAGUGAAACACCCUUAGAUGUGCUAAUGGAAACCUCAGGGACAGACAUCCUAAAUGACUCUGAUGUCAGAGCUCCCAUCAGCCCACUCCACCUUGCUGCAUACCAUGGUCACCAUCAAGCCAUGGAGGUUCUGGUGCAGUCUCUGCUGGAUUUGGAUGUUAGAAACAGCCAGGGACGGACACCCCUAGACUUGGCUGCCUUUAAGGGCCAUGUAGAGUGUGUGGACGUCCUAAUCAACCAGGGAGCCUCCAUCUUGGUCAAAGAUUUCACCCUGAAGCGAACUCCAAUACAUGCUGCGGCUACUAAUGGUCAUUCAGAGUGUUUGCGUCUGCUGAUCGGAAAUGCUGAUCUUCAAAGUGCAGUAGAUAUUCAAGAUGGGAAUGGACAAACCCCUCUGAUGCUGUCAGUCCUUAGUGGACACACAGAUUGUGUGUACUCUCUUCUUAAUAAGGGAGCCAAUGUAGAAGCCAAAGACAAGUGGGGCAGGACGGCCUUGCACAGAGGAGCAGUGACUGGUCAUGAAGAGUCUGUGGAAGCCUUGCUCCAGCACUGCGCCAACUUCCUGGUGCGAGACUGUAAAGGCCGCACGCCAAUCCAUCUGGCAGCAGCAUGUGGACACAUAGGGGUACUGGGAGGCCUUCUGCACGCUGCCCAAUCGAUGGAAACACUUCCUGCCUUAACAGACAACCAAGGCUACACUCCACUGCACUGGGCCUGCUACAAUGGUCAUGAUACAUGUGUGGAGGUUUUGCUGGAACAGGAGGUUUUUCACAAGGCUGAAGGCAAUGCUUUCAGCCCUCUCCACUGUGCUGUAAUCCAUGACAACGAAGGUGCUGCUGAAAUGUUGAUAGACACUCUGGGUCCUGCCAUUGUCAAUGCCAAAGACAGCAAAAACAGGACCCCCCUGCAUGCUGCCGCCUUCACUGACCACGUUGAGUGUCUCCAGCUGCUGCUGAGCCACAACGCUCAGGUCAACAGUGUUGAUGCUGCAGGGAAGACACCACUCAUGAUGGCGGCUGAGAACGGCCAGACCAAUGCUGUCGAGCUGCUGGUGAGCAGUGCAAAAGCCGAUCUCACUCUACAGGAUGCUGUGAAGAACACUGCACUUCAUCUGGCCUGCAGUAAGGGACAUGAAACCAGUGCCUUGUUGAUCUUGGAGAAGAUUACAGACAGAAACCUCAUAAAUGCUACAAAUGCCGCCUUACAGACGCCUCUACACGUGGCUGCAAGAAAUGGCCUGACUGUGGUGGUGCAGGAACUGCUUGCAAAGGGAGCCAGUGUCCUUGCUGUCGACGAGAAUGGUUACACACCUGCCUUGGCUUGUGCCCCAAACAAAGAUGUGGCUGACUGCCUAGCCCUCAUCCUGGCCACCAUGAUGCCUGUGUCGCCCUGCACCCCGGCACCAACCCUCCCUUUCAGUGCCAUUAACCACUACACCACCAGCCCCUCCAAGAGCGUCACCUUCGACAGCCUCCCCGUUUUACGCGGUGAGCACAGCUCCUACUGCAGCUUCAACAACAUCAGCCAUCAUGAUGGCUUCUACAAAGAUGAAGAGCUCAAUGACUCUGAUUCAGAGACGUACUGAUGGACAGGAAGAAGCGAUUAAUGCAUACACACACACACACUGUGUCUUUUAAAAAAAAAUAAUAAAUCACUCUCCGCAAGCUUGGGAGGCCAGAAAAAUACACAAGCCCCCACAGGAGCCUUAAGAGUCCCCAUCACCAUAAGAGAGCAAGUGGGAAGGGGAGGUGCAGCAGGCUGGCCCACACUCAUCCCGACCUCAUCCGGCACCAGAUGUCCUUCAGCAGAUACUGGACCUCAGUAACCACUGCUUUACCAACUCUGACUUCUAGAGUGUGGAAAAACUGAAUUUUUGGGCAGACAGCAGCUGAUGUAUGGCAAUAACGUGCUGAAAAGGUGUGGUUGCACUCCAUAGAGAGUCACACCAGCAGGGACCAAACGACAUGGAUGCAUUUUAACCCAGUUUUAAAUGUGUAAACAACUGAGACUGGGAAUUUUAGGGUUUAUGAGUUAGCAAGGAUGUGGGAGGGGAUUUAUCGGUUGAUAUACGCACACUACAUCCAUCAGAAUGCACUUGUGCUUCAAGUUUGUAAGUCAUGCAAGAGACAAAAGCAAAAUCAUUUAUUUUUCAAGAUCAGAAUUUUAAUAUACCCAUUUUGAUGUCUUAAACACUUUACCUUCUAGAAAUCUGAUCCAAUGAAGUCAUUUAAAAAUAUUUCAUACAUUCACUUGGUAAAUUGAUCAGCCCUACCUUUGUAUAGUGACCUGUUCAUCACAGUCUAGUCUUCAAAGAAUAAAUUAUUUGUGUACUUUUUGGUUCCUUUUUAUGUGUUCAUUUUGUGCCUUUGUUAGUUACUGAGAAAAUGGGGGGUAGUAGAGGCAGCUGUGAAAGUACAGUGAAAGUGCAUUUUAGGUAAUUAUUAAUAAACUGAUCCAAUACUGAGGCAUCUAUGUGCAGCUUUGUGAGGAGAAACACUGUAAACCAAUGACAGGACAGCAUUGUUUUGUUUUUUUGUUUUUUUCUCUCUCUGAGUGAUAUUUUUUCUCCUAUAUUAGUUUUGCUUGCUUUAACUUAAAAGAAACCACUCAAUAAUACCACAAUUCAAAAACUCCCAGUUUUGUCUGUUUGAAAAAGGAUUUUAACUGGAAGUAUGUACAUUUGCUAGCUUCAGUAGAAUGGAAAGGAUAUUUUCCUUGUUUAUUCUUGAAGAGGAAUGAAACUAGCAUGUAUAUAGAAAUUAUGACUGUGAAUUCAAAAUUCCAAUGAAUUCUUUCAGUACUGAGAUUGCUGUAUAUUUUAUGAGUAAUAAAUGAGUUAUUUAAUAAUGA